AUGUCUUCCAUGAACAAAGCGAGCGGAUUGCGCAUCGAGCCCAUUGACCAAUCCGAAGAUAUAAUUCAGGCCUUUGAUUGUGUUUGCGAAGCAUUCGGCCGCCAAGCGCAAGAUGGCGUCUGGAUAGCCAUGACUCCAGGGUGGGAAACCUCCAUAGGUCGAAGCCUCGGAGCUGCCCGGAUGGUAGGUCGCUGGCGCGACACCACCAAAGACAAGAACGGCAGACCCAACACAAUUUUUCUCAAAGCCACACUUCCAUCUCCGCAGCAGGAAAACAAGCGCAUUAUUGCUGGCUUCGCCAUUUGGGUGCAGGCUUCUAGUGUAGCGGGGUUCGGCGAUCCGGCGGUGAAAGAGGAAGAAUUAUGCGAUGUCAUGAAUCUCGAGGAGAUCUACCCCGGAAACAAAGCCGAACAGCGCUACCUUUGUCAGACUGUUGCCUCUCUGCAUAGACAGCGCGCCGAGGUCAUCAAGGCCAAGUCUACCGCAGACCCACCGGCGGUCAUGAUCCUUGAUCUGUGUGCCGUUGAUCCCACCCACCAACGAAAAGGAAUUGCGAGAGCACUAGUGCAGUGGGGUUUGGAUGAGGCUCAGCGACGUGGGGAUCUAGAAGCCAUCACUGAGGCGUCAGCUAUGGGGCGUCAUGUGUACGGGCAGAUGGGAUUUGUGCCACAUAGCUCUGAGAUCGAAUAUCUUGUCGACGAGGAGUUUGCACCCCGCAGCAGGCCUUCCAACAUCUUUAUGCGCACCCGUGGGAGUCUUGCAUAA